AUGGCGCAAAGAAGAGAGUCCGAGGAGACGGACGAAGAGUUUUCAGACGCUGAGAGAUUGAGGGCUGCCGUACACUACACCGUUGCUUGCCUCUGUCAAGAAGUUGCAGAAGACAAAGAUAUCCAGUUUAGUAAACAAGCUAUUGCCGCUGUUUCUGAAAUCACCUUCAGACAAUGUGACACCUUCGCACAGGACCUUGAAAGAUUUGCUAAGCAUGCAAAACGAAUUACAGUUAAACCUGAAGAUGUGAAACUUUUGUGUAGAAGGAGCAACUCACUGCUGAGGUACAUCACACAGAAGAGUGAAGAGCUUACUUUGAAAAAAUUGGAAGGAAAAGCAAAGAAAAAGAAGACAUCCGGCAGAACCUCCGAAGAGCCAGCGGGACCUGCUGCAGCUGACAGUGAAGAUUCCAACAUGGCCUGACUGCUUUUCUCUC